AUGUCUUUGGUUCCUUCCAUCACACAGGGGCAGACCAAUGCCGUCGAACCUGUCAAGUCUCACAACCAUGGACCUAGGCGUAACACUCCAGUCCCGCUACCUUUUACCGUUGGUUCACAACCUCCCGUCGGACCAAGCCACCAUGUGCCGGUCAACCAGCCGCUUAAAACUACGACCUCUCAUCCUGUAUUCAAACCAAGCUCGAACGCUACCCAAAGGCCCCGUGGAUACGCACAUGAUAUCAACAAACAACCGGUGGCUGCCAAACGCGUAGCCAGUGAUUCGAAUUCGGGACUUAAUCUAUCGCUACAUCAGAUGGACCAAUCGCACUUGACGCCAAGCUAUGGUGUUGAUAGCAAGUUGCGAGCCGAGUGUGGAAACCGGCGAAAGCAUUGUUUGGAAAAUCACACAGCCCAACCGCCGCUGGCAGAGCUGCCCCAGAAUCCAGACAGAACUGCCCCAGCAGCCGAGGCUGCAUUCAAAGUAGGGCAGUUCACGGAGCAUGUCACUCAUGCCGAACCUUCUGGCCUGAUUGGCGAUUCAAAAGGAAAUUCGUCUCCUGGUGUAAAGGCAGCAGAGGCUGAUAAGACUGCGACUGGCGAGAGCCAACUCGUCGAAUCAAUGGAUCGACCCACCAAACGGCAAAGAUUCUGUACAGGAAUCCGUUCAGACUUGCCUCCGGAAUGCCUAGACCAUUCGCUGCUCCCGGUAAAAUGGUCGCAUUAUGCCAUGUCAGGAACGAUAGCUCUCGGGGUCGACUGCACAUAUGCGGAAGAGAAGCUCGAGAAAGCAUUGAGGCAAAUCGGUUUUGUCGAUAUCGAGAUCAAAAAAUACAGAUGGCCGUUCGGAAGCUGGAUGGCGAACGAAUGCCAGAGCUCAGAUCGCGAAAGGCUGAGGAUGAUGGGCGAUAGGUGUGUUCAAAACCUUUCUUUAGGUCUCGACGGAAUAUCCAAACUCCCAUUCACCAAAGGCCUACAGUGGGAGCAGAAGUCUGUAAAUUCAUAUGUUGGUAAAGUUAGAAAAGCGCUUGGAGAGGGUCGGCUUCACGUGCCGGUCAUGGUUGCCUGGGCUAGACGACCACAAUAG